CAACCUUGAUUGACCGAACAUAAUCCAGCACUAUCAAUCAUGGCUGAUAAAAAACCUUUCAUAGUAAUGGACUACUGUGUGCCCAUGGCGCGACAACAUGAGGCCUUUCUUCGACGACUUCGACGAUUUACCAAAAUAUUUCACAAACUGGACCACGGAUUAUUUGAACGAUCUUGACACUUCCGAAUAUCCAUUCCCAAAUACGCUAUGGCAUGUGAAACCGGUGAAGGAGGUAGCGCUGAAGUCCACCGCCAUGGUCGUGGUUGGUGUCUUCGGAAUCUUCCUCAACACCAUUAUCCUGAUCAUCCUCAUCAAGAACAAGUGGUUGUGGACGGCCAGCAACUACCUGAUUGGCAACCUGGCGUUGGCAGACCUGCUGAAUCUGCUGAUAUGCCCCUGGUUCAUGUUGGUCAGGGAUUUCUACCAGAACUACGUUUUGAAGAACUUUGGAUGUCGUUUUGAGGGAUUUUUACAAGCAACACUCCUCCUAGCCAGUGUGAUAGCUGUCAUGAUGGUGUCCUACGAUCGACUGGCGGCGGCAGCACUUACUUCUGAAGCGAGGAUCACAAAGGCUGUUGCUCCAAAGCUGAUCAUAGCUGCAUGGAUCAUUCCCUUUGGAUUGUCACUGCCUUGGAUGAUAAAACGAGAAUACAUGGAACGACAAUGGCUGGAUUUUCUGGAGUCGUUCUGUGUUGAAGAUCUGAAAGUUCUUGGCAUUUAUUGGCAUUUCAUCUUGCUUCUUUUGGUUUGGAUACCUCUAGGUGUGAUGGUGGUUACGUAUGGAACAAUAAUGUGGCGCCUCGAAUGGAGCGCUAGGGAGCUAGCGUCCCGUGGCGGAGGUCAGACGGUCUCCAGAGCCAGAACCAAGGCUCUCCGCAUCACAGCCUGCGUGCUCAUCACCACCGCCGUCUGCCGCAUCCCGUACACCAUCAUGCUGUACUGGAGAAACAACUUGAACAAUGAGAUUAACGCGGUGGAAGGUGGAUAUGAGAUCAUGUGGUUCACGGCAAACUACCUCAUGUACGUGAACAGCGCCAUCAACCCUCUCAUCUACGGCUUCACCAACGUCCGCUUCAGGCGUGCCAUGGACAGGACUCCUGGCAUCAGGUGCUUUAGUUUCGGUUCCUGGUGCUGCAUUUGCGCUACGAUCCAAAAGAAACAUAAUACGGCUGAUCAGAACAACGAAGAAAGAGUAUUUGUAAUAGACACAAACCUCAAAGCAAAUCGCAAGAUCUCUCGGGCGCUGAAGAAUAUUCUACAAAUAAACAAACAGACGGUAGAGCUUAGUGUUCCUAAGGAUGAGUUAACUAAGCCUACAAAAUUGACUCCUCUUAAAAUGGAACAAAUAUAAUAUUUUGGGAUGAUGCCGAAAGUAAAUUACUUUAAAGCUAAUCUAUAUUGUUUAACAGCUGAUAUAUG